UUCAGUUGCAGUGGUUCAGAUCGUUUGUUCUCAGUUUUGUAUCCUCAAUUAACGUCGGUAUUGCUUCACAAAUUUAUUAGACAAAAUGAAUUUCCAAUUAUGCGUUUUGUCCAUUGCAUUCACAAUGUGUUCAGCAAAUCGAAGUGAAUCUUUCCUCGAAUUUUCGUACUACAAUAAAAGCAUCCAAAUACAGUUGGUGUUGCCGGUAUUGAACGGCACAAUAUUCAAUCACAGUACAGACUCGAAGUUCGAAAGUACAACUCCAAUACUCGAAAGCAUUACUGCAAUCAGCACAACUGACCCACCUCACAACACAUUUGUGUUCAACGGAACUCAAUAUCUGUUCCACACUGAAUACAAAGAGAACUGGCUCGAUGCAAGUAGAUAUUGUUGGAAUAAGGGGAUGAGAUUGGUUGCGAUUUACUCAGCGGAAGAGAAUGCUUGGAUAGCGAAAACAAUUAAAGAGCUCGGUUACGGAAAAGACGAUUUUUGGACUGGAGGCAAGUAUUGGCCGCAACGACAAUUCAAAUGGAACGAUGCGAAUGAAAUUGAAUUCGUAAAUUGGGCUGAUGGUGAACCAGCCAAAGGCAACCUGACCUUACCCAAUAACGUCCAUUUUAUAUUACUAAAAGCGGCAGCAGAUUUCAAAUGGACCAAUGAAUGGUUCAAGUAUGAUCGAAACUAUUUCAUUUGCAAGGAAAUCGUACAAGCAAAUACUGAUCCUUUACCGCACAGCACUUUUAUGUUCACCGGAAAAAAGUUUCACUUCAACACAACAUUCAAAAUGAGUGCUUUUGCCGGCUUUUCAUAUUGCUAUGACAAGCGUAUGACGUUGCUUUCAAUUGUCUCAAAGGAAGAGGACAAUUGGAUUGAUGUGGAAGUGACGAUUUCUGGACAGGAGGUGUUUUUAAUCAAUUUAAUGGCGCAUUUGGUUGGAAUGCCAUUAACGACAAAGUUACAUUCACGAAUUGGGCCGAUGAUCAACCAAGAAAGGUUGAUGUUCGUUUUGCGCAUUGUGCUGUACUUGAAGCGUCAACGGAAUUCAAGUGGAGCAUUAGAUUGUGUCAACUUAAUUACAACUAUGUGA